AUGAGUGACUACGUAACGGAGACUGUUCACGCAGAGCGCGUCCAUGGCGGAGUCAUCGAAGCGGAGGUCAGCGGCAAGAAAGUCGAUAUCGACAUCCAACGGCUGCGCAAGCGUAUUCCUGCUCACUGUUUUCAACCUUCAACCAUCCGCUCCCUAGGAUACGUGGUGCAGGAUACUAUAAUUUUUUCCGGCUUGCUGACAGGCGCUCUGUAUCUGGCGGAUCAAUCCGACGGCUAUGCUCGACUUCUUCUAUGCUAUGUCGCCUAUCCUUGUUUGGCUGGGCUGCCCCUGACCGGUUUGUGGGUUCUGGCUCAUGAAUGCGGCCACGGUGCCUUCUCAGCAAACAGCUUCAUCGCCAACCUGGUUGGCUGGGUUCUGCACUCGGCACUGCUGAACCCCUAUUUUGCUUGGCGGUCCAGCCACGGCAGACACCAUCAGUUCGCGAAUAAUAUCUCUACCGACCUCAAUUACGUGCCACCUAUGCGACAAGAAUAUAGCGAGCUCUUCCGUGGCAAGGUCGAUCUUGAUCAUCUGGUCGAGGAUGCCCCAGUGGUGGUGCUGCUUCGAAUCAUCUUCCAGCAGGCAAUCGGAUGGCCGUGGUAUCUCCUGACACACAUCACCGCUGGGCCCAACUCUUCACCCAAGAAGUCAAGGGGCUGGUGGGACAACAGUCAUUAUCUCCCGUCAAGCUCACUUUUCCGACCGAAUGAGUUCUGGUCCAUUAUUGCCUCUGAUGUUGGUAUUGGCUUGGUUGGGGCAGCGGCUUACGCACUCAGCCAGUCAUUUGGGUCCUUGACAGUUGUUUGGACUUACCUCCUUCCGGUCAUGUGGGUAAAUCACUGGAUUGUGAUGAUUACCUAUCUCCACCACACCUCGCCGUCGCUUCCAAAAUACACUCCCGAAGCGUGGACAUACCUUCGAGGAGCGCUCGCUACCGUCGAUAGGGACCCUGGUUUUCUGUUGAGACACAUGUUCCAUCACAUCAUUGACCUGCACGUCAUCCAUCAUCUCUUCCCUCGGAUUCCCCAUUAUCAUGCUCAGGAGGCCACAGACGCGAUCAAGCCACUCCUAGGUGACUACUACCACGUGGACAGAAGUUCAUAUUUUGGUGCCCUCUGGACAGCAUUUACUGAAUGCCAGUGGGUUGAGGCAGACAGCGAGAAGACAGCACAAGCACGUGUUUACACCAAGGAAAGCCUUGAUGCUGACCUGGGGUUUGCAAAGAUAGACCCAGUCGACGUCACAGGUGUUCUUUGGUAUCGACCUGGGCCCAUGCCCAGGCCCGCCACGGUGAUGCGAUCUUGA